AUGAAGUUACUCCCGUUUUUCGCCAUUAUUUCAGCGCAAAAGCCUCCAGAGCACAAAGUUUUCAAGCUCCAGUCCAAACUCGAGUGGGUAGUUGAUACUUAUUACGCUGAUUCUUUUCCAAAAUGGAGUGCGGGAAUGAAGGCGAAAACAAAACGAGUUGGGCUCAAACUCGUUGAUGAGUACAAACGAAAAAUCACCGAAAUGGAAAGUGCUUGUUUUGAAGGAUCUGGAUCAGAAGAAGAGGAUAAUCGAGCUGGAGAAGUUCUCAGAAGCAAUAUUGAAAACUUGAGAUUUGUUCAAGAUGACCCAUGCCGAGGCUCAAAACAACUCACCAGAAACAUGAUAAAAUGGGCGAACGAAAACAUUCUCGACUACAACUGUGAUGGUUCUCCUAAAGAAGAGCAAGGAGAAAACUCAAGAAAAGAGCGGGUCAUCAAAAAGUGGGAGAAAAUUCAGCGCCGAUUUCAGACACGAAUUGACUGCAAUUGA